AUGGAAAAGUUCCUGCGCGACUGGCGACAGGAUGCUUUGAACAAACACCAGUACGAAUCGGCCAUCUUUGUCGGUGACAAGCUGCUCGCCUUGACCAACAAUGACAAGGAUGCCUUCUGGCUGGCCCAAGUGCACUUCUCGACAGCAAACUACACUCGCGCCCUUGGUUUCCUCUCUCGACAAGACCUGAUCGCCCGCAAUCCAUCAUGUAAAUAUCUCGCCGCGCACUGCUACGUCAAGCAGAGUCGAUACGAUGAAGCAUUGCAUAUCCUCGGCGACAAGAAUCCUGUUCAUCUCAUAACCUCGUCCGAUCGAUCACGGCGGAAACUUCAACACCUAGACCCACGCAAUGCCCUCGGAAAGAUGGCAAAAUUGCCCCAGUUGAGAUCAGAUCGGGCGGACCGCAGUGAAGAAAGAGACAAGGAAGACAUGAGCAAUAUUCGCUUCGAGGCUGCCAUGUGCUAUCUGCGCGGUCUGUGCUAUGCAAAACAAAACGCCUUUGAUCGCGCCAAAGACUGUUACAAAGAUGCCGUACGGAUUGAUGUUCUCUGUUUCGAAGCUUUCGAUCAGCUCAUGAAGAACUCGCUCAUGUCGCCAGCCGAGGAAUGGGAGUUUCUGGACUCCCUGGACUUUGACAGCGUCAGCGCUUCCGAUGCUCCUGCCUCGAGUAUGCAAGAAGCUGGAGAAUUUACGAAAAUGCUCUAUAUGACGAGACUAUCAAAAUACAGCAGGCCCGACGACUUCAACGCUGCAGUUGAAACUCUUUCAACGCAUUACAACCUCUCUAGCAAUUCUUCCAUCUUGUUAUCCAAGGCCGAACUGCUCUUUACGAAUUGCCGCUUCCGGGAUGCUCUCGCCUUGACAACGCAAAUACUCGAAACAGACCCUUACAAUUUCUCUGCUCUACCUGUCCAUCUAGCUGCCCUAUUCGAACUCAAGGAAACAAACGCUCUGUUCCUCCUCUCACACGAUUUAGCAGAUACACACCCAGAAGAAGCGUGCACUUGGCUAGCAGUAGGAACAUACUAUCUUAGCAUCUCCCGCAUCCCCGAAGCUCGCGGCUACUUCUCAAAAGCAUCCCUCAUGGACCCUCAUUUCGGUCCUGCUUGGAUUGGUUUCGCUCACACCUUUGCCGCAGAAGGCGAACAUGAUCAAGCCAUAUCUGCCUACUCGACAGCCGCCCGCUUGUUCCAAGGCACCCACCUUCCGCAACUCUUCCUUGGCAUGCAAAAUCUCUGUCUCGGCAACCUAAGUCUGGCAAGAGAGUACCUUGAAACUGCAUACACGAUGUGCGAAAACGAUCCUCUAGUGCUCAACGAAAUGGGCGUUGCAUACUACCAAGACCAACAAUUUGACUCUGCAAUCCGCACUUUUGAGCUUGCCAUCUCCAUUGCUGAAGAGGUUUCUGCUUCUUCAGCGCCGGCGGCAAGUUUAGAUAUCAAGACUAAUCUUGCACAUGCCUAUCGCCGCAAUCAACAAUACUCAAAAGCUCUAGAUACAUUUUCAGAAGUGUUGAGGCUGGGCGGCAAAGAUGCGGGUAUCUUCUCUGCCAAGGGAUUGGUAUUGCUGGAAUUGGAAGAGUGGUUCGAGGCUACAGUUGUCUUGCACGAGGCACUCGCUCUAUCGCCGCAAGAUCCUAUCGCUACCGAAUUACUCUCUCGCGCGCUGGAAGGCCUAGAAGGUGAAACCCGUAUAGCGGAUGCAGAAGACGAGGAAAUGGACAGGAUACUAGAAUCCAAACUCGCCAUUGCAGAACAGAGGAAUAGAAGAAGAGGCAGAGCAAGGAUGGGUAUGGACAGCGAGAUGGAAAACUCAGAAGUACAGGAUGUGACGGAGGUUAGUGGUGUGGACGAAGAGGAUUGGACUUGA